AUGUCGGACACCCAAGCACAACCUCCCGCACCCGCAUCCGCACCGACGCCCUCGAUGCCCGUCGACCCCUCGGCCGUGCGCCCGGGAACACGCCACCGCAUCGCCACCAUCGGCGGCGACGGAAUCGGCCCCGAAGUCAUCCAAGCAGGCGUAAAGGUGCUCCACACCCUCGCACACACCUCGGCCGGCACCCUCGACCUCGACUUCGUCGAUUUCGACUGGGGAUCCGACCUCUACAAGCGCACCGGCCGCUUCCUCCCACAAGACGGCCUCGACACGCUCCGCCAAUUUGAUGCAAUCUUCUUCGGCUCCGUCGGCGCACCAGACGUGCCGGACCACAUCUCGCUCUGGGGCCUCCGCCUCGCAAUCUGCCAGCCGCUGCAGCAGUAUGCAAACGUGCGCCCCACCCGCCUCAUCCCGGGCAUCUCGUCGCCCCUCCGCAGCGUCACGGCGCCCUCGCACCUCGACUGGGUCAUCAUCCGCGAAAACUCCGAGGGCGAGUACGCCGGGCACGGCGGCCGCUCCCACUCGGGCCACGACCACGAGGUCGCCACCGAGGUGUCCGUAUUCACCCGCACCGCCGUCCGCCGCAUCAUGCGCCACGCCUUUGCCACGGCCCGCUCCCGACCGCGCAAGACGCUCACCGUCGUCACAAAGAGCAACGCCCAGCGCUACGGCCUCGUCAUGUGGGACGACGUCGCCCUCGAGGUGUCGCGCGACUUCCCCGACGUCCACAUGGACCGCAUGCUCGUCGACGCCAUGACGGUCCGCAUGACGAUGCACCCGCAGUCCAUCGACACCGUCGUCGCCACCAACCUCCACGCCGAUAUCCUCUCGGACCUCGCCGCCGCCCUCGCCGGCUCCAUCGGCAUCGCACCCACCGCCAACCUCGACCCGACGCGCGCCAACCCGUCCAUGUUUGAGCCCAUCCACGGCUCCGCCUUCGACAUCACCGGAAAGGGCACCGCCAACCCCGUCGGCGCAUUCUGGUCCGCUGCCAUGAUGCUCGAGUGGCUCGGAGAGGCUGACUCCAGCGCCCGCCUCAUGCGCGCCAUCGAGCGCAUCUGCCACCAGGCCAUCUUCACGCCCGACCUCGGCGGCAAGUGCACCACCGACGACGUCACCGAGGCGGUCUGUAACGAGCUCAGAAGGAAGUAG